AUGGCACCGCCACGCCGUAGGGUACCAGAUACCCCAGUAGAGGAUGAUUGGGAGACGGCUGCAAUGGACAUUCUCAAGCCAGAAUCCAGAGGCGAGAUCCUGAAGGUCUGGCUGCCAUGCUGUGGUUUGUGCACUGGGCUGAUGGUACUCAAGAAACUUAACAUGGAAGUGGAAGAGAUGUCAUUCGAUAUUGAUAAACAUGUUGAGAACCAGGUGAUAUUCGAACACGGCAGUUCAGAUGGUGUCUUCAUAGGCCCCACAAGUGGGAACAUCUGCAGUUACCACCCCGACCAGCUUCACGACAUCGACGUCGCAAUCUGCACCCCGCCAUGCCCUGACUCUGCAGGAACAAUCGAUUGGGACGACCCGCACUGCUGUGCACUCUGUAUGGUCUUGGCCAACAUCAAGUUCGCAACAAAAAAGAUUUCAAAUUUCUGCGCUUUCGUGAUCGAGCUCAAACCAGAGCUGUGCGAGUUUCAAGAUGACUCCGAUCCCCCUCUCGAGGAGAUCAUGCGGUGGCUGACAGACAACGUUGCAGGUGGCUGGUCUCUGUGGUGCGACAAAUUCUUCGAGACGCAGGGGCCCCUCACCAGGGCGAGCGAGGUCACGAUCGAGAAACCUCGCAUGCGUGAGUUCCUGAACGAGAGCGAAGCUCCACACUGGAUGAACCCCCGUCGGCAAGAGCUCACGGAGGAAACCCUCCGAAAGGAGAAGAACCUGCAGGUGUACAAGGCCGCCCUGGAGGCCAUAAGCCACGACAUGCCGAACUUGUGGCUCCUUGGCAUUCAACCCCGAGGACACAACUACGACAGGUUUCUGACUCCAGAGGAGCGGUGCAGUUUGAUGGGCUAUGAUUUGAACGUUCGCACACGCGUGGAGAAGGAGAGCGAAGUGAGGCUCCUGAGCGAUGACACGGCUUUGAAUCAAUUAGGUUUGCUCGGAGCUGAUGGCGAGCUAGCAAAGUACGUGAUUCUCCCCCUCAUCACUGUCUUCCCCAUAUGCCUCACCGUCAUCAUUAUCACUCAACGCUUUCAUAUGCCAGAAGACGGUCAGGAUCUUGAUAGACCACCGGGCAAGCUGGUGCACACAGGCAUCGUCAUCAUCGGGUUCAACCGGUCACGGCCUCAGCGGGCCUCCGCAGAACUCGCUCGGGUCUUUGGAUCUAUCGCGACAACUAAGGAGCAGGCCAUCCAGCAGUGCGUGGGGAACAAGGACCUGGGGUUCACGUCUUGGGGCAGUCGGCUCAACCAAGACAUCGGCUACCCGCAGCUCCAGCGGGCUACGGACAGCGGCAGCAGCAACGGCCGCACCGCCUCUCCCGAUGGCUCCGGGAGCGGCAGGGAGGACGAUAUCCGCGCCCGGACAGUGGCCGCCGACUUUGCUGGGCCCGAGUGGACCGACGGAGAUGCCACCAACGACGAUCGAGAGGUCCAGUGCAACGAGAGGGUUCGUGAAGCUCUCGAGAUCAUCGCCUCGGGCAUGCGAGGCUCCAGCGAGGCCAUUUCGGCACCGCCCGGCCUGCCGGUGCCAGCGCAGCUUGGAGCGGAUCCGGCCGCGGUGUCGAGGGAAGAGACGCAGACAGCCAAGAAAACGCUGUCUCAGAAGGUGGCCGAGAUGAAGGCCCGGCAGCGGAGCCUCGCGGACGCGCCGGCGGCCGAGGACGAGGUGACACGUGUUCGGCCAGUGCCAGUACAGCUGCUGUCGGUGCGCCAGCGCGCCAUAGAGGCGUUCGAGGCGGCCGAGCGCGCGGCCAAGCAGACCGAUGCCCCGGCGCGGCCCGCUCGUCCAGAGCUGCUCUCAUCGGAGCCCCCCGCGCCCGCGCCGCCAACCGCCGGCGCGGAGGCUGCGCUUGGGCGACACCCCAGCGCGAGGCGCCGCGAGGGCGCGCCUCCCAGGAGCAUCCUGAGCAGGGCGCCAGACGCCCCGCUGGAGCCGCCCGGCGACGGCGGGCUGCCGCCCUUGCAGGACAAUGGCAUUGAGAUGGACGAUGCUUGA